AUGAUAAAAGAAGUUCGUUGUCGAACAUUUUCACAUUGGCCUUAUCAGAAUGUACUAUCUCGAACACAAAUGAUUUCGUCUGGAUUUUUUUAUUGUAAUGUUGGUGAUCGUGUCAUUUGUUUGUAUUGUAAUUUAGUUUGCCAACAAUGGACACCACAUACUGAUAAUCCAGAAGAAGUCCAUCAAACUCUUUCACCUCUAUGUCCAUAUGUUUUAUUUCUUUUAAAAACUCGUCAGACAUCAAGUGCAUCAAUUCUUAAUGAAAGCUCGAAUAAUCAAGCAGUCAUAUGUAAUCUAUUGCGAUUUAAUGAAAUAGUUCAAGCAUCAGCAUUUCAUAGGGCCUAUGUUGAAAUUUCGAGGCGUCAAGCAUCAUUUAAUUCUUGGCCUCAAGAAGAAUUACCUUCUGUAGAUGAUCUUGUCCGAGCAGGAUUUUUUUAUACUGGCUCAAAGACAAUUGUUAUCUGUUUUUAUUGUAAUGGAUCACUUCAAAACUGGGGUCCAAAAGAUAAUCCAUUGAUUGAACAUGUACGUUGGUUUCCACUUUGUGCCUAUGCUAAACAAUUAUGUGAUGAUGAACUUUAUCGAAAAGUUCAAGAAUCAAAACGAAUUCAUCAAGAACGCACUGGAACAAAUCAAAUAGGGAGAAAUGGAGAUUUUUCAAACGAUCAUCCAACAAACAAUUCUCAACUAGUAAUUUCUGAUGAGAACACAUUGUCACGAUUGGUUACUGCUCGACUCGAUUUGCCUAUUUCACAAAAUCUACUCAAUCGAAAUUUCAAAUUAUCAGUUAUCAAACGUUGUUGGGAGGAUCAGCUAAGAUUAAAACAAAAUGAUUUUGCUACUGAUUCUGAUUUAUUAAUUGCUUGUAUUAUUCUUCAAAAACAAAUUGAUCAUAUCAAUGGUCGUAAAGAAAACAUUAUUGUACCGAGUAUCAAGAUGAAAAUGAUUCGUAAGAAAGAACAAUCUGGUUCAUCAUUGUCCAUGCUAUCAUUGAACGAAUCAUUUUCAUCAAACUCAUCGAAUAUCAAUAAUAUAAUUGAAUCAAAAUCAACAAUUGCAACGACCGACAAUCAAUCAAAAACAGAAACAAAAACUAGUUCGACCACGGGUAUAGCGUCAUCGAAUUUGUGUAUACUUUGUUUGACAGAGGAUAAACGUCUUGCAUGUAUGCCAUGUGGACAUUUGGCAACUUGUGUUCCAUGUGGUCAUUCACUUCGAACAUGUCCAGUUUGUCGAAGAGAAAUAGAGGCUUUUGUACGCAUCUACAUUUGA